AUGGAAUAAAUAUUACCAAUUUCUGUUAAUGUAAUAAAAAAUAAAUAAUAAUUUUAUUAAAUUUUAGAGGUGGAGGAUUUUAUUCUGAAAAUAAUUUAAAAAUUAGAAAUUAGAGUGAGGAAAAUUAUGAAAAGUAUAGACAUACUGAUAUUUUAGCGGAAAUUUAUGAAUAUAGAGUUGGGAAAUGUUUUGAGAUAUCAUAUAGUCUUUGGAGAGAAUAUUUCGACAUCUCAUUUCAAUAAAAGCAACUCAAACAUAUUUAACUUUUUUAUAGUGGUGGAGGAGUUUUCGGCUAGUAAUAUUAUAAAAUGGAAAUUGGAUUGAAAUUAGUGAUAUUUUCAAAAAUUAUUUAAGUCUACAUUAUUUAAGUGAGAAUUAAGUCAUCUAUAUCGUUUUAUAUUUAAUAUCAAAAUGACAGAAAGGUGGGUAGAUUGGAUGAGAAGAGAUUUUGAAAAAAUAAAUGAUGGAUUCGUUAAAAUGUACUCAUAAAUUUAUAAGAUCAUUAAUAAUUUUAGCUGAGAAAAUUUUUUUUAUUCUAAC